AUGCAUCUUUCUAGCCAGAGUGCGCUUUGCCUGGCUAUUGGCCUACUUCUCCGAGUCGCCAUUGCCCAAGACCCCAGCCCCGGCGGCGCCACUCAUCCCGGUCAGCCUGAGAACUGCAACGGAUGGCAUACUGUGGCCAAGGACGAGAAUUGCCAGAUCGUGGCCCAAGCCUACGGCAUCUCCGUGGAACAGUUCUUGAGGUGGAACCCCGCGGUUUCCUCUGAUUGUCUCAACAACUUCUGGAUCGACUCGGCUUAUUGUGUGAGUGUGGGGAAGGGCACCUCCAGGCCUGCUACUUCCACUCUUCCUACCUCCACAUCCAAUUCCAAUUCCCGAACGUCUUCUGCCUUCGAUAGCACAUCCCAGGCAUCAUUCACAUCAACUCCCACGACGGCGACCACCUCUUACAACUCGACAUACUCAGUCUUGCACCCUGUUACCUCGUGGAACGUAUCGACCACAACUACCGAUAAGGUAUGGCCACCUACCAAGACGCUCGUGGGGCAGAUUGACAUCUGCAACGCGUGGUCUCGCGUUGUUCCCGGCGAUACAUGUCAGCGAAUGCAGGUCAAGUUUGGCCUAAAGUCCAUCGACGAGUUCCUCAGCUGGAAUCCAUCGGCCAAGGAUGAUUGCGAGAUGCUCAUCGCCGAUUACUAUGUGUGUGUCGGCGUGCAGAGGCAGACAGGGAAUACGGAUCUUGUAUGGGAGACGGCUCAGCCAGAGUUCACCGAGCCUCCUGAGCCGACACAGUACACACACGUUACAGUGCCCCCGGCCGACUCAAGUUUUGCGCCGAUUCCAUCUCACGGGCCUUUGCCAUCAAACUGUAAGGUUUUUCAUCAGGCCACAGCCGAUCAAAAUUGCAAUGAUAUCGUCAAGCAGUAUGGCUACUUCUCACAAGAGCAGUUCUUGUCGUGGAAUCCAGCCCUGGACGGCAAUUGCUUGGGCCUUUGGCUCGAUACUUGGUAUUGUGUUGGCGCCUAUGCGGAUGACAAUUUCCCACUGCCCGCACAUCAAACGGCGAAACCGACCGAGGGCAACAUUCCUCUGGGGUACCCCAACGACUGCGCAAGAUGGUAUAAGACAACAUUCGACGACACAUGCGACCUCAUCGCUCUCAUGUUUGGCAGCUUCAGUGAUACCGAGUUCGCGAAGUGGAAUCCGACCGUUUUCGGGGAUUGUAGCGGUAUCGAUAUGGACGCGUGGUACUGUAUAGGUCGCCCAGGCACGGCGACAACGCGGACUCCAGGCGCGCCAUCGCCGACGCAAAUAACAGAGUCCACGCAACCUACUACGUCGACACAGCCGACGUCCACUACAACAAAGCCGACGCAGCCAGUGCAGACACCGUCGCCUGUCCGCGAGGGCAUGGUGCAGAGCUGUAUGCGCUUCCACCUCCAGCAGCCAGACGAGUUCUGCUGGGCGAUGGCGUCUGGUGCCGGCAUAUCCUUGGAGUGA